GAAUGCGAGUACUGAUCUUUUCGUUUGUUCUCUCAUCAUGCUACUGCCUUCUUGGAUUCCCGAGGUGGCAGACAGUUGGAGCAAUGGGAUUACUUCUUUGUAACGGUGAACCCGCUGCCGGAGUAUUUAUGGUUUUGUAUGACAAAGGUUACUUUCACAAAACCAAGCUGGCUUACGUCGCAACGGACAAAAAUGGAUUUUUCAAAUUUUCAGGCACUGCUAAAGAGAUAUUCCAAAUUAGUCCAAAACUCCUCAUUUACACUUGGUGCAACCGUAAAAGGGAUGGAUUCAAUUCGAAAAUGAAGGAGGUCUGCAUAGACAUUCCACCAAAGUAUAUAAGCAGAGGAAAAAAAGUAAAGCAAUACUGGGACGUCGAUAUUGAGCUUGGCACAGAGGCCAACUUAUGCUCAAUUUCCGCCGCGCAAUGAAUAAAGACUGUCGUCCG